CGGUGCGUUCGAAUAUUUUCCUGUCCGUUGGAAUGUCGCGAAGGUUCGAGAGAGCCGCAGUGGUCACGGAAGUGCUCGACAUACAAACUGAUAUACUUCGGACGUGCAAUGGUAGUACAAAAAUAAGGAUGGCUCCUAAUCUCAGCGGGGCGACUACUGGUCUCUUUUUAACCGAGGCGGAAGUCAUUUCGAAGACUCCGACGACGACCCAAGAGCCGACCAAGCCGCAAUACGAAUGGAAAAUCGUCUGGAGGAACGUCCUGGCCUUCGCCUACCUCCACAUCGGGGCCUUCUACGGACUGUACCUUUUAUUCACACAAGCUUUAGCCCAGACGAUAUUAUUCACGGUUGUGCUGAUAUAUUUAGGAGGGAUGGGAGUGACGGCGGGUUCGCACAGACUCUGGUCGCACAAAUCUUACAAGGCGAAGUGGCCGCUGCGACUUAUGCUGGCUAUUUUCCAGACACUCGCCUUCCAGAACCACAUCUACGAAUGGGUGAGGGACCACAGGGUCCACCACAAAUUCACCGAUACGGACGCAGACCCGCACAACUCCAAAAGGGGUUUCUUCUUCAGCCACAUGGGCUGGCUUGUCAUCAAGAAGCACAAGGACGUCAUGAACAAGGGAAAAACCGUCGACAUGUCCGACCUGGAGCAAGACUGGGUCGUGAUGUUCCAGAAAAAAACGUACGCGGUACUUCUACCAUUGAUCUGUUUCAUCCUUCCGACAUUCAUCCCUGUCUACUAUUGGGACGAGAAACCGUGGACCGCUUGGUACGUAGCAGCGAUUGCUAGGUACACCCUAUCUCUUCAUGGAACCUGGUUGGUCAACAGCGCUGCCCACAUGUACGGAACAAGGCCGUACGACAGGACCAUCAGCCCGAGGGAGAAUCUCUCCGUUGCUAUAUUGGCGUUCGGCGAGGGUUGGCACAACUACCACCACGCAUUCCCUUGGGAUUACAAGACGUCCGAAUUCUCCGGCUACAGUACCAAUUUCACGACGGCUUUCAUCGACUUCUUCUCCAAAAUCGGCUGGGCUUACGAUCUUAAGACUGCUUCGAUCGAAAUGGUGAAGAAACGUGCUGCCAGGACCGGCGACGGCGGAUACGAAUCGGCCAAGAGGUCCGACCACACGCACGACGGCGAAGUCUGGGGCUGGGACGACAAGGACAUGACACAGGAAGAGAAAAAUAUGGUCUUGAUAACGAAUCAAAAAGAAGAUUAGAAUUUCUACUUCUAGAUUGUAAUGUUCAUUGUUUAGUAAUUUAGGUUCGGCCCAAAUUUUGAGUGUUCCUUCUUUCCAGUACAUCACUAAAUCCCAAGGCGUGAUUGUUUCCGUACAGCAUCAAAGUUUGGAAGAGGAUUUCUUGUUUAUGUUUCUUCAACGAUGUGAUUUUUUUAAAAUGUAUAGUACUAUUUAUUUAUGCGCAUUGCAAUGUGAACGAUAGGAGGAUAGUGAAAUUUGCCAUCUUUGCUGAUGGCUUAUAUACAACAUUGUAUAUUUUUUUGUAUUUAAAUACCGGCAACAUAUCGUUUACUUUAUUUUUAACUUUAAUUUAUUGAAUAAAACAUGUAAAAAUAAACAAAUCGACAUAAUGCAACAGUGUACAUAGAAUCAGACUCAGCUCAUUUAUUUAAAGAAAUAUAUAUUUUUACAACAAAAAAAAGAUGAAAAAUUCGUUUGUUGAUUUUUGAAAAAAUUUAAAUAAAGGUUUUUCGACAAAUCGAUCCCACAAUGUUUACAUUUAACUACCUCCAUUUUGAAAAGAAAGGGACAAGACUAAAAACUAUGGACGUACUCGGCCGACGUAGAAACUCGUUUUUAGUCCGACGAGUAGAUAACUGUGUCUUGCACCAGAUGUAGUCUCAGAAAUAGAAAAAAUUAAGGAGAAAGCACAAUAAAAAAAAAGAAAAUUUCACUUUCAA